UGGAGCCGAGGCUGAACUAUUUACCUAUUUGUCCUAAUCGCAAUGGAUGGACCUGCACUCCAUGAUGAGGAAAUGUUACAUUCAGAUUUUGGUUGCAGGAUGAUGAAAUUGUCUCAGACAGUUUAGAUGGUGCGAAAGGAACAGAAAGUGGUUUUCUUAGAAAACAACAGCGCCAUGGUAAACUGAUGACCUUUUCACUGGCCGCCAGUGACUAUGGACAAACAACUCUACAGACACAUGAAGUGGCUUGUACUCCAGGUGUCUUCGACAUCAAAUGGUGCCCCCAUUUGUUAUGGGACAAGCCAGUGUUGGGAGUGGCAGAAGCAGAGGGGAACCUGUUGCUGAAGAGCUUGGCUGUGGAGGAUGAGAAGUAUUGUCUAGAAGAUCGGCACCAGAUUUUAGUAGCAGAAGAGAAUAUGGCUUUGUCAUUAGACUGGUCAACCAAGGUACAUCCAAGUGUGGAGCCUAGAAUUUUGGUGAGUGACUCUGGUGGUGGCGUUUCCCAUGUCCAAGUACUGGAUGCUGGUCUGGUUGUUGAGAGAAAGUGGAAAGGGCAUGACUUCGAAGCCUGGAUAACAGCAUUUGACUACUGGAACCCAUAUGUUGCAUUCUCAGGUGGUGAUGACUGCAAACUAAAAGGUUGGGAUUUGAGGACAAGCUGCUCUUACCCAACAUUCGUGAGUCGGAGACACUGUAUGGGUGUCUGCAGCAUACAGUCAAACUUCAAUAAAGAAUUCAUACUUGCAACAGGAAGUUAUGAUGAGAGCGUGUUAUUGUGGGACACACGGCGUAUGAAAGCCCCCCUGAGUGAGACACCCACAGGGGGUGGUGUUUGGAGACUCAAGUGGCAUCCAACCUCUCCAGAGCUGCUGCUGACCGCAUCUAUGCACAAUGGAUUCCACAUAUUGAAUUGUAAUGAGUUGAAUGCGGUCAGUGACCCGGUGAUCACAGCCUCCUACAUGGAACACGAGUCUCUAGCAUAUGGUGUGGAUUGGUGCCACCCGUCAGUGGGAGAGAUGCCACAGUCAGAGUCGGCACAUCUCACCGAGGACACAAAUACAUGUAGCUCCUUCUCAACCAUAAAAAAUCUCAACAAAGACUCUUGUGUAUUAGCUUCUUGUUCAUUUUAUGAUAAAUUACUCUCUGUUUGGUCUUGGGACAAUUCAUGAGAAAAGACUAGAUAUUAAGCAUCAUUCAGAAAGCAACAGUUGGCCAUGUGAUCUCUGGAUCACAAGUCUGUUGGUUCUAGGCCUUGAAGACCAUUUCACUAUUGCACCAGGUUGCGAGCUCUUGGAUUUUGUUGAAACUUCAUUUAUCUCCAUCUGGUCGUUAUUAAAAAGCUAUGUCUGGCACAA